UUCCUUUUCAUUCCUACAUGACACACACAUCUGCAGAUCUGUUCGGUUUGAAAAUCCAGAUUUUUGAAAUUAUAUGUAAGGUUUUCCUUUUUCAAGGUUUAUCAAAGACUAAUUUGGAACCUAUGAUUGAUUAGUCGAAGUGUAAAGUUCAUCAUCAAGGGUAAGAGGAUUUGGGACCACAGGAGUGCACGACAACAUAAGAGUUGAAUAUCUUUGAAUCCAUUUUUGUUGACCUGUUGAAGUUUGUUCAUGGUUCUGCUUGUGUUCCAUCGUCUUCAUUUGCAGCUCAGAGUUUUUUCCACUACACUCCUCGAUGGCAUCUUCCUUGCCAAACCCAAGCUCACAUAUUUUCACACUCAAACUGAUCUUUACUCAAACCCCAUUACUUUUUCCUCGUCCUCUUCAGAGCACAACUCUGUCAUCCAAAGAGUCUGCUCUCUGGUUUAUGAAUCUUAUAGCAAUCAAGAAAAUACCCAUUUCAAAUCCAUGUUGCCAAAACUAGAACUGCCUUUGGAUAGCGAACUCUUGACUCCAGAACAGUGUAUCACUGUUGUGGCUUCUUUGGCUGAUGAGGCGGGCUCAAUUGCUGCCUUGAGUUUCUUUCAUUGGGCAAUUAGAUACCCAAAAUUUAGGCACUUUAUGCGGCUUUACAUAGUUUCAUCGAUGUGUUUGAUGAGAAAUGGGAAUUUUGAUAGAACCCAUGAAGUCAUACAUUGCAUGGUCAAGAAUUUUGGUGAGAUUGGGAUGUUGAAGGAGGCUGUACAUAUGGUUUUUGAGAUGCGGAACCAAGGAUUGGUUUUUAGUGCGAGGACUUUGAACUGCAUUGUAAGUGUAGCUGCUGAAAUGGGGUGUAUAGAGAUUGCUGAGAAUGUGUUUGACGAAAUGUGUGAAAGAGGUCUUUAUCCAGAUUCUUUUUGUUUUGAGUCAAUGGUUGUUGCUUACUGUAAAUUGGGGAGAGCUGUGGAUGCAGAUAGAUGGAUGAGUGCAAUGCUGGAAAAGGGUUUUAUUGUGGACAAUGCGACUUGUACAUUAAUUAUGAGUGUGCUUUGCCAAAAGGGGUUUGUGAACAGAGCAUUUUGGAUUUUUAAUAGGUUAAUUGAACUAGGCUUGACUCCAAACUUGAUAAAUUUUACUUGUUUGAUAAAUGGGUUGUCUAAGCGUGGCAGUGUUAAACAAGCGUUUGAACUGUUAGAGGAAAUGGUUGGGAAGGGUUGGAAACCCAAUGUGUUUACCCAUACAGCACUAAUUGAUGGUCUUUGUAAGAAGGGUUGGACUGAAAAGGCAUUUAGGCUUUUCUUGAAACUUGUGAGGAGCGAUAGUUACAAGCCAAACGUGCAUACAUAUACAGUGAUGAUCACUGGAUAUUGCAAGGAGGAAAAAUUGAACCGUGCAGAGAUGCUUCUGAGUAGAAUGCAGGAACAAGGGUUGGUCCCUAAUGCUCAAACCUAUACUUCUCUCGUUGAUGGGUACUGCAAAGUUGGUAAUUUCACUCGUGCUUAUGAGUUGAUGGAAGUAAUGAAGAAAGAUGAUUUGUUGCUUACCAUUAGUACAUAUAAUUCAGUAAUUGAUGGACUCUGUAAAAAGGGAGAGGCUCGAGAAGCAUAUAAAUUAUUAAAGAAAGGACUGGAAACUGGGCUAUCUGCAGAUUUAGUUACAUAUACCAUUCUCAUAUCAGACUGUUGUAAACACGCUGACAGUAGGCUAGCUUUUGCACUUUGGUGUAAGAUGGUAAAGUUUGGUAUCAACCCUGACAUUCAUACAUACACCACGCUAAUUGCGGCACAAUGCAGGGAAAAGAGGAUGAAAGAAAGUGAAAAGCUUUUUGAUGAUGCAAUUAAAUUAGGUUUGGUUCCGACAAAGGAAACUUUCACGUCCAUGAUAUCUGGAUACUGUAGAGACAAAAAUAUCAGUUCUGCUAUGAAGUUCUUCCAGAGCAUGGGAGAAUAUGGCUGUGCACCUGAUUGCGUUACUUAUGGUGCUCUGGUUAGUGGUCUUUGCAAGGAGUCUAUGUUGGAUGAGGCUAGAAAACAUUAUGACACAAUGAUGGAUAAAGGAAUUUCCCCAUGUGAAGUCACACGGUUAACAAUAGCUUAUGAGUUUUGCAAGAAGGAAGAGCCUUCCACUGCAAUCGUCCUCUUAGAUCGAUUAGACAAAAGGUUAUGGACUCGUACAGUUGAUACAUUGAUUAGAAAGCUUUGCAGUGAAAAGAAGGUUGACAUGGCAGCGUUGUUUUUCCAUAAAUUGUUAGAUAAAUGCCAAAUUGUGGAUAAAAUAACUCUUACAGCGUUUAUGACUGCAUGUUAUGAUAGCCAAAACUAUGCCCUUGUUUCCAAUGUAAACAAAAGGAUUACGAAAGAUAAUCUUUGCUCUUCUGUUAUGCAUUCCCACUCAGAUUGACACAUUCCAUGGAAAUAAUUCUUUCUCCUCUGGGAAGAAAUGAAAUUGGCAGGCCAGAGAAACAAGGAAUUCAAUUAUAGGGGUCUGGUCCCUUUCCUAAGCUUAUAGGACGACAUAUGAUUAACAGUUUGGGUUCUCUCAGAUGUUGUUUGGAGGUUUAAAUGACAAUUAUUCUCAACAGUUAGUUCUAUAAUCAUUGGAAUCCCAUGAGCGUGGCCGCAGGGAAAGAGAAGGGACACUGAGGCUUUGCACUCAAUUCAAGAUUUCAAGUGACACCAUCAACCUUGAUGCACCGGCCUCAUGAACACUAGGUCAUUUGGUCUGCUAAGGAAAAUAGCAUCUUUAUUACAGUGUACUUGCUUGAUAAAACACAUGGAGUACUGUACCUUGCAGCAUCUUGUCUGGUAAGCAAGUAUGCUGUACCUGAAAUCUGGAAGCACCUCAUCUAGCAUUGCUCUUUCUCUCACAUGGUAUGGAAGACCAUGGACAUGUGGGGCCAGUCAACCUCUUAGCACAUAUUUUUUGUAGUUUUGAGAACUGAAACUGUUGAUGACUGGCUUAAAAAUACAUGCUUCUUUGUUUUUUCUUUUGGCUGUGCGUCAUUGCUGAGAUAGCUUGGUGCCAUUGUUGAUGUCAAUGGACUCAAGGCAAUGAGUACAAUCGGGAUUUACACAACUUUUUUUGUGUAAUUACUCUAUUUUGAUGUAUAUGUACUGAAUUGGAAUGCCCAUGCAUGCCCUUUCUUGGUAUUGUUGCUCUAGAGCUUUUGGUUGCCCCUAGGGCCUAGGCUUUGUACCAGAUUUCCCAUAUUUUAAUGAAGUUGACUUCAGCUUAAAACAAA